AUGACAGUUUUGGUUUCCGGUGCUACCGGCUUCAUUGCUCAAUAUAUUGUUAACGACUUGCUGAAGCAGAACUACAAGGUUAUAGGUACCGUCAGGUCCCAAGAGAAAGCUGAUAAGCUAAAGAAGCAUUUCGGAAAUAACCCCAAUCUCGCUUUGGAGCUCGUGGCCGACAUCGCUGCACCAAACGCCUUUGACAGCGUCUUCAAGAAAUAUGGAGCAGACAUCAAGGUUGUCUUGCAUACGGCGUCUCCAGUCUCAAUUAACACAAAGGAAUACGAGAAGGAUCUGCUAAUUCCUGCCGUGAACGGUACCAAGAACAUCCUAGAGGCGAUCAAGAAGUAUGCUGCCAAGUCGGUUGAACGAGUGGUGGUAACAUCGUCGUGCGCUGCCGUGGUGGACACUUCGAAUCAAGGCGACGGGUCAGUCGUCUACACCGAAGAGUCAUGGAACCCUGCAACCUGGGAAAGCUGUCAGGUGAACGGUAUAAGUGCGUAUUGCGGUUCGAAGAAGCUGGCAGAAGCGGCAGCUUGGGACUUUGUGCGCGAGAACAGAAACGUUGUGAAGUUCCAGUUGAGCACUGUGAAUCCGAUCUACGUUUUCGGACCGCAACUUUUCGACGAAGAGGUUAAGGAUCGUUUGAGCUCAUCCUGCGAGCUAAUCAAUGCCUUGGUUCGCGGCAAGCCAGAGGCGCAGUACCUGCAGGGGAUGCGCGGCAACUAUAUUGACGUGAGAGAUGUCUCGAGGGCCCAUCUCGCGGCCUUCCAAAAGGAGCAAGCCAUUGGGAAAAGACUGAUUCUGUCCAACGGCCCAUUUACGUAUCAAGAUUUGGAGGAUAUUGUCAAUGAAGACUUUCCCCAACUGAAGGGUAAAAUCCUGGUUGGCAAUCCUGGAUCAGGCAAAGACAUCCACAAGACCAUGCCCACCAUCGAUAACUCCAAGACUAGAGAAAUACUUGGUUAUCCUUUUAAAUCGUUGAAGGAAACCGUCGAUGACACGGCUGCGCAAAUCUUGAAGAAGGAUGGGAAGUUGUAG